GUCAUAGUUCAAUUAGGGUUGUGAAGAACAAAAAGCUAAUUCCAGCACUUUGAAUCUCUUCUCUCUCUACACUCUGAAAAAGAAGGGGGCAAAGAGAGAAGAUGAAGCUGAAGCAAUUAGAAAGCCUUUUAGGUGAUCUUCAGCAGUUCUCCAAUCCAAAGAUAGAGCUAGAGCAGUACCCAACUGGAUCCCACAUUGCUUCUCGCAUGCUCUACACUGCAGAGAAUUCAUUUGGUGAUGUGAGCAACAAGGUAGUGGCAGAUUUUGGUUGCGGGUGUGCCACCCUUGGUGCUGCAGCUGCUCUUCUGGGAGCAGAACAGGUGAUUGGUAUUGACAUGGAUUCUGAAUCCCUUGAGAUAGCAUCGCUAAAUGCAGAGGAACUUGAGUUGGACAUAGAUUUUCUUCAAUGUGAUGUCAGGAACUUAGGAUGGAGAGGUGGCAUUGUUGACACUGUAGUUAUGAAUCCUCCAUUUGGGACCCGGAAAAAGGGUGCUGAUAUGGAUUUUCUUUUUGUGUCUUUAAAGGUUGCUUCUCAGGCAGUUUAUUCUUUGCACAAGACCUCAACAAGAGAUCAUGUGAAAAGGACAGCUUUGCGAGACUUUGGUGCUAGCAGUGCUGAGGUUCUGUGUGAGCUUCGGUUUGAUGUACCACAACUAUACAAAUUUCAUAAGAAAAAGGAGGUGGAUAUCGCAGUAGAUCUCUGGCGAUUUGUACCCAAAAGUAGUCAGGGAAAGGGUAUUUAAUACUGCAUCAAAAUUAUGUCUGGGGUAAACUUUGCAUCAUGAUGAUGCAUGUAAAAUAUCAUAUUUAACAAAUCCAUGUGAAAAAAAAAAAAAAAAAAAAACUAGAUUGUAUUUAUCAGUAACAGUUUGAAGAGAAACUCUUUCCUUUAUCAUUCAUUCACCCAACAUUUCAUGGGGAGCUUAUGAAACUAAUGUAUGUUCACUCGAGGAA